UUAUCUCCGUGCCUCACUUACAAAGACCUCACUUACAAACACACACUGAUCCUGACGGUUACAUUACCAACGAGUGAUAAACAUGGAGUCGGAGUUUGAAAGUAUAUCAUUUGACUAUUCUGAAAACAGCACUGACAACACCUCAGAGGGGUCUGGAGAAUUUGGGCUGGACUACCAGGAGCCAUGUGGCACAGCUCUCAGCAUCGACUUCAACAAGAUCUUCCUACCGACAGUUUACGGAAUAAUAUUUAUUCUGGGAAUCAUCGGCAAUGGAUUAGUCGUUGUUGUCAUGGGCUACCAGAAAAAGGUCAAAACGAUGACGGACAAGUACCGGCUCCAUCUCUCCGUGGCUGACCUCCUGUUUGUCCUCACGCUGCCCUUCUGGGCUGUGGAUGCUGCCAAGAGCUGGUACUUUGGAGGUUUCCUCUGUGUGUCUGUGCACAUGAUCUACACAGUCAACCUGUACAGCAGCGUGUUGAUCUUGGCCUUCAUCAGUCUAGACAGAUACUUGGCAGUUGUCCGGGCCACCAACAGCCAAGCCACGAGGAAACUGCUUGCGAGCAGAGUGAUCUAUUUGGGUGUGUGGCUGCCUGCGGCUGUGCUGACUGUACCAGACCUGGUGUUUGCCAGGGUGCAAAGCACAGGGUCUUCAAACUACCAUUUCAAAGACGAAAGCACGACUGAGGACUCCAGGACCAUCUGCCAGCGCAUCUACCCGCGAGAUACCAGCCUCAUAUGGACAGUCGUUUUCCGCUUCCAGCACAUCCUGGUGGGCUUCAUACUGCCCGGUCUGGUCAUCCUCAUCUGCUACUGCAUCAUCAUUGUCAAGCUGUCGCAAGGCACCAAGGGCCAGGUGCUGAAAAAGAAAGCGCUGAAGACUACGGUCAUCCUCAUCCUGUGUUUUUUCUGCUGCUGGCUGCCCUACUGUGUUGGCAUCUUUUUGGACACCCUCAUAAUGCUGAAUGUGAUCCCCUCCUCUUGUGAACUGCAGCAAGCCGUGGAGAAGUGGAUUUCCAUCACUGAAGCGCUGGCAUAUUUUCACUGCUGCCUUAACCCCAUCCUAUAUGCUUUCCUGGGAGUUAAGUUCAAGAAAUCAGCCAGGAAUGCACUGACAGUCACCAGCAGGUCAAGUCAGAAAGUGACUCUCAUGACAAAAAAGCGAGGGCCAAUUUCAUCCGUUUCAACUGAGUCCGAGUCCUCAAGUGUUUUGUCAAGUUAACAAACAGUCAACCUCAGGGUCUGUGACUUGAAACUCUCAGGAGAGAAGACAAAUUAAGCUUUAAUUUCAAAGAACUUACUACAUUUUGUACACAUGUAAAAAAAAAAGAGUUAUACAUUUUGAUUUGUUUGCCUUGUUUGCUGCAAUUGUGUGUCUUGUAAGGGUUUUUUAUUGCAAUUUUCUAUGCAAGUUUUAUGUUCCUCAAAGCUCUGUCCUCAGGCAGCGCCUCAUUUCCAUUCAUUCAGUUUUACAAUCAAGACCCAUUUUCCCUGCUUUCAUCUUUACAAUUUGUGUUGCUGUAUCAAAGCUCAGGCAUACAAUGCCCUUUUCUACUUUCAGGGAUGGUCUUGAAAACCUGUACAUAGUUUGUAGCAUUUGUGUGUUCGCACUUAAGUUGUGUGAUUAUCUGAGAGCUAUUAUUUAUUGUCGUCAUUCACACUGGAAGUUUUGUAAAAGAAAGAAACUGCAUGCUGCUUUUUUACCUUUUGAAAUUUGUUUUUGUAUGUAAAAAUAAAAAAAUUCAAUGCUUCUCA